CCGGUGGCGGCUCCCUCUGGGCCUGAGGGGCAGAAGAGCAGAGCAGCCCAACGUCUGCAGAGUGCGCUCUGGGUGUCUCAGCCUGCUCAGGACACCCCACAGCGGCUGCCCCGCCCACAGGCCCCGAAUCCUGAGCGGGUUUGGUUUUUGUUGGUUUUUUUUUUUUAAACCUCUCCGUCCUUGGGGUCGGGGGCAGGGACGUCACAGAGGCGGCAACAUCACAGGCGCAGGCGCCCGCAGCAUCUCCAGCGCCCCCCACAGCCCCCAACCAAAGAGCGCACUGGAGGCGGAGGGGCAGCAGCCACCAGCCCGCUCCCCGCCUCCCCGACAGAGCCUCGAUCAGCAUGGGGGUGACAGGUGCCAAUGGAUUCCCCUGCUGUGGCAAGGAGUCAGUGGACAUUGUGGAGACGCAUGACCUAAACCAACAGCAGCCGUUCGAAGAGGAAGAGGAGAUCGAGCUGGAAAAAGAAUUGCUGGAACUGGAGCACACUCACCAAGUGGACCUGGACAUAGAGCACGAACUAGAGCGGGAACUAGAGCGGGAACUAGAGCUGGAGACGGAGCUCAAGCCGGAGCUGGAGCCGGAGCCGGAGCUAGAACCAGAGUCAGAGCCGGAGCCGGAGCCGGGGCCGGAGCCGGAGCCCGAGCCCAGGGACCCAGAGCAGCCGGAGUCUAGGACAGAGUCCCUCCAGCCCCACACACCGCAGCACACCAGCCUCUGGAGUUUGAGGUCGCAUUCUAGCUACGUGAGUUUGCCAGAGGAGGACCAGGCGUCCACCAACCAUCGCUCUAUCCGCGUGCAGACCUCUAACCAUCUCUUCUGGGCAGACAAACACAUCCAGGCCUCAGAACACAGCCUGCGGCGGGCGAUCAGCAAUAACACAGGUGAGACCACUGGCUGUCAGGACCAGGAGUCUGACCUCGAGGACGCCUGUGUGUGCAGCACAAAGCAAAUCGAAAACCCCAGUGCCCAGCCAGCACCGCCCGCCGCCGACUCCCAGCAGCCAUCAAACCCCCCACCGCCCUCCUCCAGUCCCUCACUGGGCAUUGACCUGGCCAAUCUGGUCAACUUUGCCUCCUCCUUGGCCGUGGCCUCCUCCAGCAAGAUGGACUUGCCCAACUUGGAGCACAUGAUCAAAGUUCUGCCUCAGAAGGCCGAGGCACCUUCUACAGAUCCCGCCCCCCAGCUGGCGACGGGCCAGCCAGAGAAGGAAAAGCUCACUAAGGACUUGCUGGAGAAAUCUCUGGAAACUGAGGAGUCACAGAAAGCUUGGAAGCAGGAAGACAAGAACUUCUUCCACCCUUACCUGGAUUUCAGCAAGCCGGGGAUCAAGAGGGCCACCAUAAAAGGAGAAGUGCAGCUUCUCCAGCAGCCGGCCAGGUCCCCUCCUCCUAAAGGAGCCGUGAAGGGCUCGGUGCCAGGAACCAGGAAAGGGAGUCCAUUAUUGCUGAAAAUCCAUUUUAAGGCAGCCGAAGGCAGAAGACCAAGAGAUCCCCGACGCUGGCACAGGGAACGUACAGGUCCCCACAGCAGCCUCGAAGACUGCCCACACAGGACCCAGGAGGGGAGCAGGGCUGCAGGACACAGAAGGGGAGGCCUCAGCAGCCGGCUCCCCCACUGAGCCCAAGGGAGCCAGCAUCCAUCAAAGGCGUAGGGGCCGAGCAGUGCUCCCAAAGGCCCAGGGAAUUCAAGCGCCUUGCAGCUGCCAGCUCAGUG